CAGAUCAGUGACUCGAGCAGGAUUGAUUUAUUGAAAUGCCGAACGCCAAAUUCCAGGUAUUGUGAGCAAACCACCACCGCCACAGAGCGCACCGCUCCACCCAGGUUCAGGCUGCCGUCACGGGUCGUUGGGACUUGCAACGUUGAUCGAUCAUCAAGCACUAUCGCUGGCUGUGUCUGGGCGUUUGAGACCCGCACGUGAACCUUUUUCAUGAUGACUUCACAGAUUCAGUGACAACGCCUUCUGCCUGAUGUGGACUAGUAUCAAGUGUUAUACCGGUGUUCAAGGACAUCGACGUGCGCUAAUCAAGUUUGGAUGCAUUCGGUGCUUACGAGUCAAGUUCAGCCUUAAAAGAGGUUCAAAGUUGACCACAGCACCUCAAACCACACAUCUUAGUACUCCAUGAUGCUGCCGCUUGUCCUGUACGAUAUCCUCUCCGAGCUACCAGGCAAUAACUGGUCAGCCAACCCCGCGAAGCCGAGGUUCGUUUUGAGCUACAAGGAUCUUCCAUUCGUGACCCUCUGGGUCGAAUACUCAGACAUCCCGAUCGCUAUGAAGUCCAUCGGUGCAAAGCCAAAUAAACGCCAAGAUGGCUCGGACGUUUACACCGUCCCCGUCCUCAACGACCCCAACACCGGUGCCCUCAUCACUGACUCCCUCGAAAUCGCUUCUUACCUCGAAAAGACAUAUCCCGAGAAGCCCAUCUUCCCAAACAAUUCAGAACCCAUGAUACGCGCGUUCGACUCUGCUUAUGAAAGCCUUACUCGACCUCCUGCUAAAUCUAUGUACGCACGCUGCGCAGAAAUAUUGAGUCCCGCCAGUGCCAAAUUCUUCAUUGAAGCUCGUUCGAGAUACGCCCCACUGCCUUGGGGUGUGACGUACGAUGAAGACUGGGAGCUAUUAGAGAAGGCGCACAAUACUGCGUACGAAUGGUACCAGAAGACUGACGGGAAGUGGGUCAUGGGCGACACUUUGUCGUAUGCAGACAUCGUUGUUGCUUGUCAUUUGCUGUGGUACAAACGAGUGCUCAAGGAAGAUGAGUGGGCCAGGAUCAGCUCUUGGAAUGGGGGGAAAUGGGCCCAAGUCCUUGCAGAUGUUGAAAAGGAGUGUAAAUUGGUCUAGAAGACUACGUAUACUAUGAGAAUUAUUUUGGGGAUAUUUGAAACAAUGAUAAAUUCUUUCGACAGGUAAAGCCAAGUUACCAUCGUAGUCACAAAGUGCGCACCACGCAACAAUACCUGGGUCAACAAUCGCGUGGACUGUGGGCCUAAGCCAGUCCGCUAGACUCG